AUGCAUCCAGCAACAUGGUGCUGGGAGGUCCCAAGAGAAAACGUCAUUAUUGAAACGGUUAUAGGUCAAGGAGCGUUUGGACAAGUUGCCCGAGGAACAGCAUCACAACUGCAAGGAAGAAGGGGAACAUCAACCGUGGCCAUAAAAAUGUUAAAAGGUACUGUUUGUUAUGCUGGUUGAAUGUGUUUUAGACAUUUUUUAUCAAUUUAAACAUAAUCCAACAGCUCACAAGUAUACGUAUUUUGCUAUAAUAAGCCAGUGUUUACUGUCACCUAUGAAUCACAUCCGGGGGGGACUCCACAUAUGAAAGGGGUGGGGAUACUCGUCCGAAACUUUGAAUUAAACCCCUAAAGGAGACCGAUCUGGUCGUGGACCAAGCUUUUUUUGAUCCCUAAAACGGAGACCAUGUUAAAACACAGACAAAUGAGAAAACUUGGAUUAUAUGAAUGGAAUAAAUAAAACGAAUUAAAAAUACACAUAUCAAAUAUAUAUUUUUAUAUUUUUUCGCGUGCAUCCCUAAACGAAACCUUCACGGCUAAAGAUGAUGGCGUUUUGCCCAGAACACCAUGAAUGAGACCAAAAUCCGAAAUUUACACCCCUAAGCGAGACGACGAGCAUCCCCCCCCCACUUUCAUAUGCGGAGUCCCCCCCCCCCGGGGAAUCAUACGAUGUUCUGUUUAAGGCUGCUUGAUAAUUUUACCUAUAAAACAUAUACGUUGACCAAAUAUUUCUCCUCAUUUUACAGUUGGUGCCAGCAAUUCUGACAGGAAGGACUUGUUAUCAGAGCUUGAAGUGAUGAAGACCUUACAGCCUCAUCCACAUGUCAUCAAACUACUGGGAUGCGUCACUGAAUCUGGUAACAAAAACUCACAUAUUUACAUUCAAGGCACGGUCAGCUAUCCCGCUCUUACCUUUGUACUAAAAUUUUUUUAGUUGACUUCUCCUCCGAGCUGUUGCUUUAGAAACGAUAUGGCGUCUAAUGCUGUUGUUUAGAAUAAAUGUUACUCGUCUUGAAGUCACCUAUCCCUCAAUACCAUAUAUUAUAACUGGUUUUGUAUGCAGUUGCGUGAAGUUAUGGACAUUGUUUGUCUCUCCUUACUGUCACAUUUACAAGCUAAUUUGCAAAAUAUCGCUUAGGUUUUAUAACAGGUAAUUUUAGACUUAGUAAGAGGAACAAGUGGCAGAAAAGUGUAUCGUCUGUUAGUUUUAGUCCUUGGAUAUUAGCAUAACCCAAGAAGCAAAAUUGUAGUUGUGGCUGCCCCGGAAAGUCCUUUGUGGUAUCCGAAGGAGUUUCAUUGUUAUUCACAAGAAAAGAAGAAACUCUUUAAUCUUCGGAUAACAACUUAGUCUGCCCUAAGCGUUACGGGUGCAAAAUGUUAGGCAAAAUGUUAGACAAGCUUGUCUUAAAAUACUCAGUUAUGACGUCAUGUUUGCCGACGGCAUUGUUGCGCAAAUUAUUUAAUCUUCCAAGUUUUUUCUGAAAAAUCUGAUAAAAGGGAGUUGAAAGCUGAAAAUAUUUUUGCAAUAUCUUAUAUAUGAGCUGAGAAAUAGCAGUUUGAAUUUGGAUAAAAUAUAGAACAAAAACUGGAACCCCUCCUUCGGGAAAUAACUCUAAAUUUAAGUUGUCCUUGCUAUUCAAGUUUCAUACAAGAAAUCUUGCCUGUCGAAAGCUAAAAGAAAAAAAAAUUCCCCAAAAAAUUUCCAACUGCACAGAAUCCUGGAAAACAAAUUUGUUACAUCAGAAAAUGUGACGUUAUCAUUUUUUGAACUGCUUAAAUUAGCGUUAUUAUGUCAAAAAAUGAAAAUCUAAAAUCAUACAAUUUUAUUCCACAACGAAAGGUUUGUGGUACCAAAAAAUCAGCUUAUUUUGUAUAAAACUGUUAAAAAGUACCAGAGCAAUAGUUUUUUAAGAAAAACUAUGGAUCUGGGAAGCGCACUAAAAUAUCUUUGAAGUCCCAUAACUUGGCUCCUACGUGUCGUAUCGAAAAGCGGUUUUCGGUGUUUUGCUUCUCUUCUGAUGUUCUUUCAGAUUAUAUAAGUUUGGCUCAAAUAGUAAAAGGACAAUUUCCCCCAUUUUGGUGACGUCACAAUUUGUACUUUCAACUAAAAAUAUCAAAAACAAUUUUUCGGUAAUUAAUCGUAGUCCAUCGAGCAAGUUUGGUUAAAAUAACAAAAAUCGUAACAAAUACGUAAAUUUAGCACUCAUGCAACAUUUGAGGGGUGGUUUGGCCCCACCGUGAUCAUGGUCGGAAGGUAAGCAAAUUAUUGGUAACAUCCGCUGACCAUAAAUAUUGAUAACCACUUACUUCGGCACUGCUGUAAUAACACUACUGUUCUGCAAAGUCCAUUACACCGUACGUGAUGGUGACCGUGAUGAUCGUGCUUGAUUUUGUAAUUUGUCAAUGACUCUCACUAAAAAUUUUUAAUUUUAUGCUGGCACCGCAGACCCUGUUCUUGUAAUCACUGAGUACGUUCCAUAUGGGGAUCUCCUGGGUUACCUGAGAAAAAGCCGCGGGCUUAACGACACCUAUUACCCAGAUAUCAAGCCUCAAACAACUUUGACGUCACAGCAACUGAUGAAAUUUGCGUGGCAAAUUGCUGAUGGAAUGAGUUAUUUGUCUUCGAAAAACGUAAGCUAUUUUAUUGGAAUAUUUUUUCUGGUUUUGAUCACUUAUCGCAGAAUAACUAGGACAGAAUACUCACGUUGAAGAAGUAUAGCUUCAGUAGUGCCAAGGAAUUCUUGAAUUACGAUCAAGGAACUACCGUUUUCAUUGUGUAGACUAACGUCACUACAAUUUGAUCUCCCUUAGAUUGUUCAUCGUGAUCUUGCAGCCCGUAAUGUAUUGGUUGGAGAUCAAGAAAUUUGCAGAGUGACAGACUUUGGAAUGGCCAGAGAUGUACACCAGGAAAACAUUUGUGAAAGGAAGAUAGGGGUGAUAUUUCUAAUAAAUAUAAUCAGCAUGUGA